AGCAGCCUGCCUUGUCUCUCUCUCUCUCUCUCUCUCUCUCUCUCGCUGGUUCUUCUGAUGGCGGCGUCUCAGCAGCAGAACCGGAUCCAGGGCUACCUGGAGAGGAACAAGAUCGGGCCCCUCUUCGAGGAAUUGAUGACCAAGCUGAUAACAGAGACUCCUGAGCAUCCAAUCCCAUUUCUGAUUGACCACCUUCAGUCCAAACAAGGUGGUCAUAGCCAGCUUCAGAGGACAUUGUCUGGAUCUGCUGCUCUGUGGGCGGAAAGUGAAACUUCAGAAAACAAGGGAACAAGAAGGGAUUUGAGAAGCUAUGAUAAACCCUGGCAGACAAAUGCAAAGAAGCCUAAAAAGUCAAAGAGUGACCUUGCUGUAUCCAACAUUUCUCCUCCAUCACCAGAAUCGAAAUCAUGUAAGAAACUUAAGAAACUGAUGCCAGGAUCAAUAGAAAAUCCCAAAUGGGACUGGAGGUCAAAAUCAGAGCAUCGUGAUUUUGAUGAAUUAAAUCAUAUUCUUCAAGAAAGUAAGAAGCUGGGAAAAGCCCUGGAGAAUCUUUCUCGAAAGAAACAGGAAAAUCAAGGAGGAAAUUCUUUCUCUUCUAGUUUAAAGAUGGAACCAAAGACCAAAGGACUGAAACAUCAGCAGCAGCAACAUAAGAAACUACUAGCUGCUAUGCUUUCCCAGGAUUCAUUUGAUUCUGUACAAAGCACAGCUCCUUCAGUGACAGAAGAAGAUAUUGACAACGAGGAUGAUGCAAUGGAACUGCUGGAAGAUCUUGAUGAUUUAAGAAUGGAAGGGGUAACCAGUGUCAUUUCUUCUGGGAGCAAAUUUAAUCAAACACGAAGUACACAUACCACUGAACCACAAGCCAAGGUCAUAUUGAACAUCUGUGCAAGAUGUGCCAGACUUCAAGGAAAUAAUCUGGCAGAAAGAACAGAAGAUGUGUCUGUUUCCUCUCAGACCCUUGAGCAGGACAUAUCAGAAUCUGUUGUGCUUGGAGCAGAAAUCUCAAUGGAAAGCAGUGAUGAAUUGGAGAAUGUACCCCAAGCAGUCAAGCAGACUCAACCAGUUUGGGAUCUAGAUGUUAUGGGUUCCAGCAGUGGUGAUUCUCCAACCCAGAAACUGUUGAAAGAUUCUUUGGCUGCAAAAGAACUGCAAACCAUGGAAAAACAUCUGGCUGACAUUGCAAAGGACCUAGCACUGUGGGAAGAAGGAAGACUGUCAAGGAAUAUGAGUAACCCACAAACUAAUUUAGUUGCAUUAGAUCAUCAAGGAAAUUUUAAAGUUACACCAAGCCAGGAUGCAGGACCUCAAGUGCCAAUUCUUACUGGGAAAGAUAUUCAGCUUCAGCUUCAAAGAAACAAAUCACCACCAUUACCCAUUAACAAUAGACUACAGGUCUCCAGUGUCACAACCAGUAGGCCUCAAUCUCCCAGUACACAGACAACCAGAUCUUCUGUGCUGCCAAAUCCAGCAAACAGGGCUGCAACCCCAAAUGCUUUACUACAAAGACCUCUUUCCCCUAGCAACCAAGGAAACAAGGAAGGAAUUAUUAGUAUGCAAAGAAGCCGGUCUUUGAUAUCAAAGAACCAACUUGGGAGGACCGUCACCACUCACACAGGGCUCCUUGAAACAACUGGAGACGCUCUAGGAAAUGUCACUCAACGAAGCAGCUUGUCUGAAGAUGAAUUCCUGAAACAACAUCAGCUUGCUCACCCGCCAUGGAUUUUGCCAAGUGAUACUGAAAGUGAAGGAGUGGAGUCAGUUCCAGAUAAGUGUUUGUGAACAUCAUCAGUGGAAAAAAGAACAAGAAUACUUUCUCACAAGAUUAGUCCCUGGCAGUUGGAAAUACAUCUUUACUUACUCUGUAUAAUAAAAUCUUAUUUUUAUAAAUUCAGUAAAAUGUAAGUAGAUUUUAAUGUGUAGCUGCUAAAAUGCACUGAAUUCCACAUCUUACUGUGGUACAGUGGCCUUAGGUAAAGAUGGUUAACAAUUACUUUUUACUAUGUAGCCCUAUGUAUAUUGUUUAAUUUAUCCCCCCCCCCAUCCCUUAUUUUGAAUUUACAUUUGAUAUAUUAAACUUUGCCAGGUAAAAAUAAAAUGCCCUUAAACAUAUGAUGUAUUUAGGAUUACUGAUGAUUUCUACUUCUAUUUUUCUAAACUUUUCUCAUUUUCAAGUCAAUAAACUUCUAAAGUAUUUAGCCUUAUCUGCUGGGAUGUAAAUAUAAUAGUAAACCACAGAUUGAAGACUAUUCAUUCAUAAUUAUUACAGAAGAUGUCUGAGACAAUAGAAGGUAAUGAAUGGGCUCUGUGUGUGUGUGUGUGUGUGUGUGUGUGUGUGUGUAUUCAAGUGUAUAUGUGCAUAUAAGCAUAAAUAGCAGGAAUUGGUAGUAUAAUAUUAAUUUUAUUGCAUUCCAGUUAAAUCUUUUACAACAUAGACUUCUAAGUUAACUCUAAUGUGGAGUGCAGCAUGCAUAAUUGAACUCUACUGAUUUCAUCUAUGAUAUUAUUUACUUAUAUCCUAAAUGGCUGAAGCAUUUGACAAAUCAUUGUACAAAUUUAUAUGUAUUUUAAAAAAGUUGACUGUCCUGGGUUUGGAUAUGAAAUUUGUACAAAGAUUUCCAAUACAGGUGUUGUCAGAAUAAUCAUAUUUGCAAUACUUGUUUACAUAUUUAACUGCAGGUAUAACCCGUUGAAAUGAAUGGGCCUUAAUCUGAAUAGACAGGGAUAGGACUGCACUAUUAAUCUAUUAAGGAUGGGUUUGGCAUAGUGCCUUCUUUUCUCUUUCAAUUCUGUUGCUCAGCUAUGACUUCAUUUAAAAAAAUGCUUGUUGUUGUUAAAAUAGAUAAACACUGUCAGG